AUGGCGAAAUUAACACGGCGUAUUCUGAGAGCGUGCGAGUCAUACCAAAGAAAUAAACUGCUUACCCAAGCAUCACAGGCUAUACUCGAACUUGUUUUACCAAAGAAAUCUAUAGAAAUCCUGUCAAUAGAUUUUCUAGGACCUUUAACUAAGACAAAAUAUGGAUACGAACAGAUUCUAGUGAUGGUAGACAUGUUCACUAAAUACACAAAGCUUUAUCCCAUGCGCAAAGCUACUGGCGAAAUGGCAGUAAGAAAAAUCGACGAGUUCAUAAAAUACAUAGGGAUGCCACAAAAAGUACUCUCAGACAAAGGCACACAAUUUACCAGUCAUCGAUGGAGAGAGGCACUUGAAGAGCGAGGAAUCCAGAAGAUACUUACAUCUAUCCGUCAUCCACAGGCAAAUAUGGUGGAAAGAUACCUCGAGGCAGGAAAGGACUGUGAGAUCGAAUACGACCAGCACGGAUACGAAAUCAUAAUUGGAACUGCAAUUGAGAUUGCAAAAGGAUAUCCUCACGUGUGGAGGAAGCCCCACAUGUCUCAGUCUGUCGUGACAGCACCUAAGCUACCUAAGAACGUCAGAAAGAGGUAUGAGGGAAGCGACGAGGUUAUUCCAGGGAUGGAACACAUCCGACCCCUCAUGACGGACGAAGAACGCAUCCAGUUAGCAAGACAGGAAGCUAAGGAGGCUACGGCGGAAAAGAAAAGAAAAAAGCGCAAAAGCAAAGGCCCGGAGACAACGGUGGAACGAGCGACAACAGGUGGACGUAGGCCCAGGCGAGAUUUGCCUAAAUGA